AUGGCGACGCUGCAUUCACGUAUUCACCGGCUUCCGGAUGAAGUGGCAACGCCGCAGAUACCUGUGGCGGGCAAGCCUUUUCUACAACUGUGUCAGCUGGAUCCUUGUCCGCUGGUAUUGACAUUCGCAUUGCACCACCUCCUCAGGAACUAUAACUUCUUCGUGAACUACAGUUGCUCCGCCAGGAGCUCCAGAUACAUCAUUCUGUGUUAUAUGAUACAAAUGAUUUUGAUAGGUGCGCUGCUGCUGGUCACAAUCCUUCUGGGAAGGCUCUGCAAUCUGUUCUCGAAUUACUCGCUCGCGGAUUGCACCUACUCCAAGAGGCUCAUAAACAUAUUGGGGUUCACAAUCAAGUGGCUUCCCUCGAUGGCCGGAAUGCUGAUGUUCGCACUGGUCUCGUUACAAUUCGCAUGCUUGGUCUGGACCUUGGCCAACAGCCGGCAGUGGUGCUUCAAUCGGUUCAACGAGUCCGCCGUUAACGCGGUCAAGAAUUGCCGGAUAAUCCACCAGCAGCGAGCAGCGUGCAAGCUCAACUUCACCAUCACGACCAGGAAAGAGAUCAGGGAAUGCAACAACCCGCAAUACCUCAUCAAAAAGCGGAUCAUAUUCCUCGCGCUCUCCGAUGAAGACAAGGGGUGCACCAUAGAGGACAUCGCAGUGUGCAAUGCGCUGGCCAAAGUAUUCACCAACGAAGCAGCAACUGUCAUGAGCGCAGCAAAGGUUGACUGGAACUCUCCGCAACUUGUUGGUUGCCUCGGAAGGCUGCCUGAAGCCUAUGAGCCACUAUUCGACACCGUGAAUCCCAGCGACCUCUACAAGUUCCUCAUGCUAUUCAACAUCAUGGGCACCGUGUUCAACGCGCUAAUCGUCAUCUUCUUCUAUGUGGUGCGCUACGUCACGGUGUUCGACGCCGUCAUCUACCAGCCGCGGAAUUCCAACGACAACAUUGCCAUCAAGGUCAUGCGGCCAAUCACCAUGUGGGCCUAG